AUGAUUCAAGACGAAGAAUAUGAACAACUGGUGAUGACCUCGGGGCGUAUAAAAGCCCUGGGGUUCAAACCUCAGAAAGAAAUGCUUACAAAUCACCUCUUACCAUAUGCUUCUGAGCUGGAUGAAGAAUCUACAAAAUUUCUUGAGCAAGUGAAGACAAAUCUGGCUAAGGCGGUCAUGUUACGAGAAAUGAAGCCGUCUUGCGGUGUAUGGUCAUCAAGGCUUCUUAAAUAUAUUAGAAUUUAUGGAUUGAAAUUUUCAAAAGAAGAUCACAUUGCUUUUAUCAAAUUGGCAUAUGAGCUUGUCCUCAUACCAGAUCUUGAGCCAUGCAAGAUUCAUAAGUUUGCAACAUUGUUCAUGAUGCUAACAAAGAAAAGGUAUUUGAUUUCCCCUGAUGAGCUAACCAUUCCAUGGCGACCACUCUAUGAUAUGGGAAAAAAGAUAUUUGAUAAAAGUGAAACAGCCUUAGGAAUGUAUCAUUAUUUAGGGCAAAAUUCUGAGAAACGAGAGGUCAAUAUGAUUGAAGUGAUUCGAAAAUUCCUGUCUGGUUAUGGGUUAGAUGACGCCCUUAAUCUAUUUGGACUUUCGGCACAAGAUGAAAGCGAACUGCCAAUGUCACUGGAAGCAUCUUACAUUGCAAUGGUUAAUUCCGCCAAACCCUAUUUUGAAUUGAAUGCAACAAAAGAGAUCCUAGAGGAAUUAUUGCCUCAGUUCUCACCGUGGGCCACGGAUGCUCAUGUUGUGUCCCAGUUAGCGUUUUAUCUGCCGGUGACAUUGCCACCGCAUAAAGCAGAAUUCGGCCAUAAACUGUGGUUUGAUAAACUCAUGGAUUUAUGGGACACCUGCUACAAUUCACAAUCUGGCAUUAAUGAAUUUAUAAUGCCGUUUGCAGAAUUGGCUAAGCGAAAUCCAGGUGCAGUGGACUGGACCCCACAUGUUCCCAAAAUGUUCAUGUACAUUCUUCACUCACUGAACUUGCCAGUCAGCUAUAAGGAUAUUCAGUUUGCUAAAAACCAUAGCCUAGACAUCAAACACGUCGCGACGUGGAUUGUUUGGAAUAUCAAUCCUAACGGUGUGGUGCUGAAGCACCUGAAGAGUUUCAUGGCGGCAGUCGAGAGUUUUUUACACAGCGCGAACUCAGGGCGCUGGUCUUUUAAACUAAGGGACCUACUUAGGAAGUUAACUCGGGAAUUUCUAAGCAGAGUGCGCCGGGAGCGCGAAAUCAGGCGCAAAGAGAGCUGGGAGAACAAGACCCCGGAAGACUUAAAGCUUAGGGACGAGGAUAUAACGGAUUUCGUUAAAAUAGCGCUCGAGCCCACGCUGCUAGCGGUGUACGGUCGAAGCGGUUCUCUCGACGUGUCCACGGCUUUGCUGAACCUGGCCACGUUGCGGCCGGCCAUUGUGAUACCCCCCCUACUAGAAAAAUUAAGGACGUCGCUAACAUCACUAACGGAGCCUCAUAGGGUUACGGCUGCCAUGUCGGCGGUGGCCGCAGUGGCUAGGCCGAUGCUGAGGGGUGCAGACUACGGCUACCCAGAAGGGCCCACCCACGCGGUGCCCAUCCUGAUAGCCGUCCUCCCGGGCCUCGACCCAAAUGACCUGAAGAAGACGUUAGUCACCUUGCACUUCAUACUUAUCUUCAGCACAAUGAUGCCGUACAUAGACUGCAGCUCCGCGCACGAGCACUGGCCCGACCUAACCGACGAGGAGUUGCUCGUCUGCGAGUCCACCGCACAGUUCGAGGACUUCGUGCUGGUGUUUCUGGACCGGCUGUUCGUCAUCAUCGAGUCGAGCGUGAUGGAGCAGGCGCGUUUGGACACGAAAGACCUGGACGGCAUGCGGAGCAAGACGGACGCCGUGGUGGAGACAGCGAUCUCGUCGGCGGCCACCAGCGUGCUGAUGCAGUGCUCCCCUAAGAUAUUCAGAGAGGCGCUGAGGAAGUUCAAGUCGUUCGCAACAGAGUCGACUUUCGAGACGAACGUUUCGGGGAGCAUGGUGGGCGUGCUGCUGCGCGUCUUCUCGCGUGUCGACGCGGAGGCGACGCUCGCCGCUUUCAUGCCGGAAAUCUGCCGCGAUAUCCUCGAACUACUGGCGACGGACGAGGCCCUCCGCGAGGAGAACCAGCCGCGCGACGUCGUCUACCGGCUGGUGCUGCUGAUGAACGUCUCGCAGUGCGACGGCACGGCGCUACUCAAGUACAUGCCCGAGCUGAUACCGGUGCUGGACAGGAUCCUGAGGAUCCACUCGAAGUACGCGCUGACGCGCGCCUGCGAGGUGCUCAGCGGGGUGUUCUACUCGCUGUCGCACGUGGAGCUGAAGGACACUAGGAGCUCGCCGCACGACUACGGCGAGGCGCCGGCGAAGUGGCUGCCGAUACGCGAGUGGGGCCGCGGCUAUUUGCUCAAGGACACGAAGCUGAAGUGGCACGUGCCAAGCGAGGAGGAGGCGGCCUGCGCCCAGACGCUGCUGGACCGCUACCUGGUGCCGGAGGUGGCGAGGCUGCGCCAGUGGCUCAGCGGCGAGCGGCCCAUGUGCCGCGACCGUAAGCUGAGGAGCUUCACCAUAAUCAACGCGACCCUCGCCGCCGGCAAGCUGCUCCCGCAGUGCGACGGGGAGCCGGUCGUUCUGACGGAGUCGCUAGUGCCGGCGACGAGCUUGCCUUUCACGACGGGCGUGAAACACGCCGUCACGCUGGGCGGCCGCAACGUGCGUGCAGAAAUCACCAAGCUACUGCUCGCCGUGCAGGCGCGGAUGCUCGCCGCUAAUACGGACGAGACGCGCGGCCUGGAGAUGCUCACGCAGCUGUGGGAGCGGGUGGUGACCGUGAAGGUGACGCGCAACGCCUUCGGGCUCGAGGCGCGGCUGCGCUCGUACAGCGCGCUAGAGCGGGCGCUGGACGGGCGCGGCGCGGGCGGCGGCACCAGCGCGGCGGAGGCCAAGCUGCGCGCGCUGCUCGCCGACCUAGCUAAGCUGCAGGACGACUCGCGGCUCGACCUCGUCUGCGAUGCGGGCAUCACGCCCUCCGCCCUCGACGCCCUGCAUGCCCUCUACGAGCUCUCCGUCAACACCUACAGCUCGGUCCGUAUGCUGGCACAAGUCCGUCUGUACUGGAUGCUGAGCCACUACCCAUACUCUUAUCGUGCCCUGGUUCCCAAACUGGUGGACUUACUGGAGGCUGGCGGUGAAGGCGACGAAUGGCACGCGAAACACAAAGGGGCGCUCUACAUCAUGCUGGGUCCUAGAUCUGGACCGCUUAUAGCCAAGCAGGGCUGGCGGAUAGUCCGUUCGCUCUGGCUGGCCGUUCUCAAGGCCCCGCUCAGCGAAAAGCCCAGUAUAUUAAAAUUAGAGCAAGCAAUCGGCGAAACCCUCCAUAGACAAUUCCCGACGGUGAACACGCGCCUAACUAUGUCGCAGUCCGCCAUCGAUUGCGCGAAACAGUUUCUUAACAAUAGUCAACUGUGCGAGCCGCAUUUCGCGGAAAUGCUCAGCAAGGCGGAGGCAAGGGAAAUUGAAGUGUCCGACAAAACGGAGAAGGCAUACAGAGAUUUCAUAGAGGAUAUGAUCGAUAUAGCCGAAUCGCCUAACGUGCCGUGGCGGCGGCUGGAGCUGGUGAUGCAGAUGCUCGCGUGCGCGUCGUCCGUGCAGACGGCGUACCCGGCGCGCGCGGUGCGCCACGUGACGCGCGCCCUGCUGCACGACGACAUCGCGGUGCGCCGCUCCGCGCAGCGCCUCGUCGCCUACGCGCUCAAGCAGCGCCAGCGGCGCGCCGCCAAGCUCACCGUCGACCCGUACGCCCUCGCCGGCGCGCCCACGCCCGAGGAGCACGUGCCGGGAUACAGAAAAGAUCUUGAGUUUGCACUGUGGUCAAAGGACUAUGUCCCAAACAGUGAUGAGGAAUGGAACAAGCCGUUUCUAAGAAAUUCUACUUACGGCUUCUAUGCUUGGCCUAAAAAGCUUAAGGUGGCAGCACCGUGUACUGAGCAGUUUUGCUACACCGAGCUGAAAGUGGAAGAUAUGGAGGAGGGCGAACGGCAUCUGUUCGAGUUCUUCUAUGACGACGCGAACCUCGAACGUCUGGUCGGCUUCCUCACGGUGGAGGAGAAGAAGGGAAAAGACAAAUUCAACGGGAUACGAUUCGUUAUAUACAAGCUGCUGUUCUCGCAGUUCGGCGAGCGCGUGGCGGACAAGCUGCUCGCGCACGCGCUGCGCCACGCCGCCGAGAGGCAGGAGGCGCCGCAGCGCUUCGCCGCCGAGGUGGCCUCCGCCGCGCUGCCCGCCGCGCGCUACUGGCCGCGCGCGCGCGCGCAGGCGCUGCACCGCUCCGCCCUCGCCGUCAUCAAGGCCGGCCUAACCGCCGUGAUGGCGGAGACGACGGACUACUGGGGCACGUGCGUGGCGACGGGCGCGGACAAGAUGGACCCGCGCCGCGGCGCGGACUUCCUCAACGGGCUGCUGGAGUUCUGCGCGCCGCAGAAGGGCGACGGCGGCACCGACCGGGACCAGCACGCCUCGUUGGUGGUGUGCGCGCGGCUCUUCGUGCUGCAGGGUGUAUUGGGGACGCUAACGUGGCGGGUGGCGCCUUACGCUGCCGAGUUGUUGAGGAGAUUGGAAUCGACCAACUUCAUUCAGCACCCCUAUCAAAACGUCCGGGACACUGUAGGCAGCAUCCUGAUGUCGAUCUUCGACACUGAACUGGUGUUCCCCGGCGGUGACAGCGGUCCCGCACCCAGACUCGAGGAGUUCCUCGAGUCCAUACGCCCCAGACUCGCCGCCCUGUACGAUGAGAACGGCGAUUUCCUUACAAGGCUUCGUAACUUUCAUGUAGUGGUGAAGAGCGUGUCGUCCAACCCGCUGGCGGGCAGCCCGCCCGGGGACGUGGAGAUCGUGGAGCAACUCGCACCGGGGCCCUCCAUGGCGCGCGCCGCCCAUCCCAACGAUGACGAAUCGCAGCUGACGCAAGAAGUGUCGGCGGCGAGCGGAAGCGGCCAAUGUGAGGAGGGAGAGAGUGAGGAGACCGACACGGAAGCGGAGUUGAUCGACGAGGAGAUCGGGGCGAUGCCCGACAUGCGCAAGAAGACCGCUCUGCGCUUGAGCAGCGAGGUGCCGCCGGUGCCCUCCCCCUCUCCCGCCCCCGCCGCAGCCGCCGCGCCCAUCUUCGCGCCCUGCGACCACGCCAACACCGUCAACCUGCUCACGACUGUGCUGCGCGGCUGCAUGGGCCUCGCGGUGCGCGGCGCGAGCGGCCACAUGUCGGCGCAGUACUCGAUCGUGGGCACCGUUUGCGCGGCGGCCGCGCGCGGGCCUCUGCAGCCGCACGAGGAGCUGGGCCGCGCGGCGGGCGAGCUGCUCGCCGCGCUCGGCGGGGCGCCCCACUCGCCCGCCGAGUUCGAGGCGGCCCUUCAAGCGCUGCUGGCGCUGCCCGCCGCGCGCUCCUGGUGGACGCGCCUCGCGGGCCUCGAGCUCGCGCAGCCGCUGCUCUUCUACGGGCUGCCGAUGCUCUGCGAGCGGCCCGGCAGCGCCGUGCGCGCGGAGGCCUACGCGCAGACGCUGAUGCGCGACCGCCGGCUCGAGGUGCGACAGACGGCGGCGAAGCUGCUCACCGGGCUGAUGCACUGCCGCGCGCUGCCCAACGAGGAUGAGACGCUGGACUCGCUGAUGAGCAGCUGCCGCUCUGGCGCGCCGGUGGAGCGGCAUUGCGGUGUGCUAGGGCUGUGCGCGUACCUCGCCUCGCGGCCGUACGGCAUCGGCCCUCGGCUGGGCGACGUGCUGGCCGAACUCGCGCGCCACACCAGCGCCCCCGACCCCGUGCCGGCGACCAUCCGCGCGGCCCUGGCCGACUUCCGCCGCACCCACCAGGACGAGUGGCCGCAGCACCGCGAGCGCCUCACCGAGGAGGAGCUCGACCUGCUCUCCGACCUCACCUCGCCGCCCUCCUACUUCGCC